UAACUUCUUCGCGAUCAAAACAUGGACUAUUACCAAGAAACAGACGACGACGUUCCGCCUUCAAAGAGACCUAGAACCCUGAACGACGAGACACCGACACCGACACCAACACCAACACCACUGCUGUUCCCUCCUCCUACCGAUCCCCAGCCGGUGUUCCCUCCUCCUACCGAUCCCCAGCCGGUCGGCAGGACGAGCACGAGCGCGAUGUUCUUCAAGACGAGGCUGUGCCAGGGAUUCAGCGCGGGGUGCUGCCCCUACGGCGACCGCUGCACCUUUGCGCACGGCGUAGCGGAGCUCCGUCCACCUCGGCCCAACUGGCAGGCCAUGACCGCCACCCCACAGUGGCCGCCGCAGCCGGCCAAUGCUACGAAGAUCUGUAGGAUGUUCCAAUCCCACGGCGCGUGCUCUUACGGCGAGCGUUGUACUUUUCGACACGUCACAGAGGCAGAGGCCGCUUACACUCGGCUUCAUCACCACCGUCACGGUAAUGGGCCUCCUAUAAGAGGGCCGGCCCCGCUUCAAAGGAAGCCUUGUUUCGAGUGGCUGAGCAAGGGGCGCUGCGAAUACGGCGACCGCUGCAUCUUUUCUCACGAAGCUGCAGUUGCAGGCACACAAAAGUCUGGAGACGGUGGGGAGCUAAAUAGUGCGAGUGGUGGAGUAGCACCACCUUCGAGACCUCUUCGAGAGGCUGCCGAUGAACCUGAAAUCGAAUUCCAAUUUGAACCUGAACCUGAACCUGAACCUACAUCAGUUCGGCCUGUUCAAGGGAGGGGUUUCCAGAAGAUGCUGAGAAAAAAGAAGAUAGCCGGUAUAUACGGAGAUUCGUUCGAUGAGGAAUGAUCCGGCUUUUGCAAAUUUUUGUCACAUUUUUUUUCCCCUUAAUUAUGUUUAAUUACAUAAGUCUUCUACACCUAUAGAAAAUGAGAAAAAACGGAAGCAAAUGAUGUGACAAUUCAAUUCUACCACAUUUUUUAUCACGCUGCAGCUCU